AUGGGUCUCUACUACGGCUACUACGUUGUCCUUUGUGCAGUGUUCAGGGUAGUGGAAAUAAUUGCCAGCCUGUGCAGACUAGACGUUGUUGUAGAUUUCCUGCAGGCAAAAUUUGGAAACUUCAUAAUAGGACUGUAUGACAGUCGCCCAAAGGAAACGGCUCCAAAGGAUAGCGUCAGCAAAUCAGAAAUUGAGCAUUUGGCCAAAAUGGUGAAUUUCUGGUGGGAUAAAAAGGGGCCUGCUAAAAUGUUGCAUACAUUUUGCGAAGUAAGAGUACCCCUGGUCGUUGAAGGCCUGGCUGAAACCGGGCGUAUCGCAAAAUCCGACACCACUAAGACAGACUCUUUGAAAGGAAUACGUAUUCUGGAAGCCGGCUGCGGUGGUGGAGUUUUGGCAGAGGACUUAGCUCGAUUGGGAGCUUACGUGGUAGGCGUCGAUCCCGGGAAAGAAAUGAUUGACCUUGCCAAGGAACAUCUCGUGACACAUUCGUCCGAACUAAAAAACAGCGUCGAAUAUCAUGCAAUCACUGUGGAAGAGCAUGCCAAAAAUUUCGCCGGCACAUACGAUGCGGUCGUUUGCUCUGAAGUAAUGGAGCACGUUGAUGAGAAAGAAUCGAUUUUGGAAGCCUGUGUCCGUUGCUUGAAGCCCGGAGGAUCCUUGUUCAUUACCACCGAAAGCAAAACGAUGCUUGCAUGGUUCCUUUGGAUCGUAACCGCAGAAUAUAUUCUCAGAUAUAUACCAAAAAACACACAUUUCUAUGAAAAAUUGGUGAAGCCUGAAGUUAUCUCUGACAUGCUGAGUAAAUACGGGUGUAAAACGCACCGAGUUCGUGGAAUCUUUUAUGAUAGACCAUCAAACUCAUGGCGUUUCAUUGAGAACCAAGACUGUAACUAUGGACUACAUGCUGUUAAGGGAUAA